UAGAAGGGGAGACGCAAUCUGUGUAAUUCCCACGUCUUUGUAAGUUAUCACUAGGUCCGAAGGUGGGACUCGAACGGCUCGAGAGGGAUCCCAAGUCCAAGUCUCCUCCGCCCACCUACCUUAGACAGUUCUAAAUGCUGUCCUCUAUCGCAAGAAAGCGGGUUGCGUCUUGCAGUGGCCGCACAGUGGUCAGGCUAUUCAAUUUCUCGACGGCAGGGAAGAGCCCUACAGGUCAGGCUCCUAUGUUUCUGUGUCUGAAGUUGUAUAUUUGAUGGAUUAACAGCCGUCGUCAUGUUGAAUAUGGGUGGCCCAUCCACAGUGCCAGAGACCUACGACUUCCUUCGAAAUCUGUUCAUGGAUGGGGAUUUGAUUCCUCUGCCCUUUCAACGCGUUCUCGCACCACUUAUUGCAAAGCGACGAACACCACAGAUUGAGAAGCAGUACACUGACAUCGGUGGAGGGUCUCCGAUCCUCCGGUACACAGAUUACCAAGGCGCGGCAAUGUGUGCAUUGUUGGACGAACUACAUCCGGAGACUGCGCCGCACAAACACUACGUGGCGUUUCGGUACGCGAACCCACUGACACAGGAGACAGCAAGAAGAAUGAGGGAAGAUGGUAUAAGAAGGGCCAUAGCCUUCACACAGUAUCCCCAGUACAGCUGCAGCACAACUGGUAGCAGCCUCAACGAGCUGUUCAGACGAGGAAGGGCAGGGGAGAUGGGGGAAGUCGAAUGGAGUGUGAUUGACCGCUGGGGAACUCACCCAGGGUUCAUCAAGGCUGUCACACAGAAUGUCGAAGCUGCCCUGUCCAAGUUUGAGCCUUCAAGUCGUUCCGACGUUGUUCUGCUGUUCUCUGCACACUCACUCCCCAUGUCGGUGGUAAAUCGCGGGGAUCCAUACGUCCUUGAGGUUGCCGCUUCAGUGAACGCCGUCAUGGAUCAAUUAGGGCACUCUAACCCUUACCGGUUGGUCUGGCAAUCGCAGGUAGGACCAUCUGCCUGGCUGGGUAUGCAAACCGGCGAGGCCAUCAAAGGGCUAGCACGUCUAGGCAAAAAGCAAGUGAUCUUAGUGCCGAUCGCCUUUACAAGCGAUCAUAUCGAGACCCUUUACGAGCUUGAUAUGGAGUACACAAAGGAGGGGAAGGAACCCGGCAUGGAAAUACGCCGCUCAGAAUCCCUCAACGAGUCGCCCGUUUUUAUCCGGGCCCUUGCCGACAUCGUGUCACAACACCUCAGCGAUUAUUCCUCGGGGAAGAUCGGUCCGACGAGUGUGCAAAUGGGCCUUCGCUGCCCCGGUUGUAAAUCUGCUACAUGCGGUCAACAAAAGCACUGGUUCGCUCGGGGUGGACGAUAAGAGGAGGGGCGUGCUAUUACAUAAUGCUAAUCGGGUCCCUUUUGCUGACUAAGCGUCGUAGAGUAAUGAGUGGGCGCUAUUUACGCAUAUUUAGAUCGUGAAGAUGAAGAUGGGACAACAUGAGA